CAUAUCCUUAAUCACCAUUGUUUGGCUUAGAAACCCCUCGACGCACAACGACACCACCUGGACUGGGGUCGCCUGUCUCUUCAGCAUCCACUAGCCCUGUAGCAUCCCCAUCCAGACGCCACAUCGCCAGUCCCCGUCCCCCCCAAAACUUUCCGGCCACCCGCCGCUCGAGCACCGGUCCGGCAAGCCCAUUCAUCAUCACAGGAUCCAAGCCGAAAAACGACUCAAAGCCUUGCGACUGCGCAUCCCCUCGUGUCGGCCUUCCGAGUCCCCUCCUCCCCCUCGCCGUCCUUCGGGCUCAACCCCGCCCCUCCUUCGUCGUUCCUUCUCAACACCAGCUAUGGCGGCAAUUAUAACAUACACCGGCUACUUCUUCGCCUACUACGCCGCCCUCAUCAUGUUCUUCCACCUCCUCGGCCUAGUCAGCUCCAAAGCCGCGUUCGUGGCGCGCUCGCUGGCCAUGUACAUCUCGAUCCUCAUCGCCUCAGCAUACGGACUCGGCGCUGCUGUCUUUCUCUCUUUGAUUGGCAAGCGCGGUCUCUCACAAUGGGCGGUUGGGCGGUGCUUCAAGCUGUGCAUGUUGCUCGGCACAGGCCUCAAGUUUGACAUUGAAGACCCAAAGAACCACCUCGGCACCGUCCGUCCCGCCGUUUUCAUCGGCCCCCACCAGACCGAAGUCGACCUCUUGAUGCUGGGCACCAUGUUCCCACAGUACUGCAGCGUCACGGCCAAGACUCAGCUCAAGAAGAUCCCAUUCUUGGGCUGGUUCAUGACCCUGAGCGGCGCCGUCUUCAUCGACCGCAAAAACUCCAAGGAUGCGCGACAGGCGAUGCAGGGAGCUGGCGAGCAGAUAACCAAGAGGAAGCAGAGCGUGUACAUGUUCCCCGAGGGGACCCGGAGCUACACCAAGGAGCCCACCAUGCUCCCCUUCAAGAAGGGCGCCUUCCACUUGGCUGUCCAGGCGCAGGUGCCUAUUGUUCCAGUGGUUGUGGCCAACUACAGCCAUGUGUAUUCCCUCAAGGACAUGGUUUUCAAGUCGGGGAGCGUGCCGUGUAAGGUCCUCGAUCCCAUCCCCACAGCCGGUCUCACCACAGCCGAUGUCGACGAACUCGCCCGCGAAACCCGUGAGGUCAUGCUCAGGGAGAUGAUUGCCCUGACGGAAAAGGCCCGCGGGAAGACGGUUCCUCUGACGGUCCCCGCCAAGCAACAAAACGGCGUCGUCAAGGUCAGCGGGACAGACAUGCGCGUUGCUGCGUAAAAAACCUCCUCUCCUCAAAUGAGAGGGUUGAUUACAAAAACAAAACCUGCCAUGCCAAGCGGGCGGGUCUGUGAUGUCUAAACGGCACAACGAGGCGACUGACAAGCAAACCGAACGACGAUACUACUACUACUACGCCGUGCCAGGUGUAUGUGUUGUGUGUGGGGGCAUGUUUGUAAGGAAAGGACCGGGAAAAGGGCAUUUUGAUACCCCAUCUAAUAGAAAGAGGAUGGAUGGAUGGGAU